UAGGAUAAAAUUGACAAAGAUGGCGUCGCUGUUAGAUUUUCCAGGAGUCGCAAAUGACCAAAAUAUCCAAAAUACCCAAGACUCUCAAGAAGAUCACCACCUCAUCGUGAUCGAGGGUGACGCUCCUGUCAAUAUAUGUGCAAUGCCAAAUAUGCGAGUGAGCGUGGGACAAAAUAGUGAUUUUUUGGCAGGUGGUGGUGUAAACAAUGAAAUUAUUUCAGAGAAUCCUACUUUACAGACUACGCAGUGCUCCACUGCUGAUGUCAUGGCAGUGACAUCAAAAGUGCCAAUACCCAGGAUAGCUACAAAUAACAAACAAGCACAGAGGAAAAGUGAAAGAGUGAGACGACCAAGAUCUUUUUCACCAGAAGAUGAUUUGUUAAAUAAAAACAGGAAAAGACCAAGAAAAAAUCCUAAUCCUAUUAAAACAAUUAAAUCAAAAGAUCCAAAUAAAGUAGCAGAAUCAUUUUGUUGUGAUCUGUGCAAAUCACCGUACAUCACAAAUCCUGCCAGGAAAAGUAACAAGAGUAAGCAAGGAUGCUAUGUUGCAAGUCCGCGGCACAAAAUAGAUCCAGUCACAAAGAAAGAACUUACAUUAUGCAAUGCCUGUGGAUUGUCAUUUGACAGGCAAAGACAACCACGACCAAAGAAAACUAAACAAGUGUUGAAUGUAGAAGAGAAGAAGAAAUAUCUUGAUGAAGCUGAAAGUUUUGCGCAGUCUCUUGUGGAUGGAUUUAAAGAUCCCGAUGCUGCUCGUCUUUCAUGUCCUCAUUUCAAAGGCAAGCCAUGUGGAUGUAUGCAACAGUACAUCAUAGCUAAGGGUAAUAUGCAAGAAUCUCGUAAAAGAGCCGCUAGUCUACUACAACUCUUAAAAGAUGCCAAGAAUCUAAGUCAGCAAAAGUGUUAUGAUGACAUCCCCACUCUAGGACCUAAUGGAAAACCCAAAAAAGUUAAACACAUAGGCUUGGGUAAUGGACAGAGAAAAUCCAAGGCCUUUGAAGAAUUCAUCUUGUCCAAACGGAAAUACCUACGCGAGGAACUAAAGUUUUGUGAGCGAGCGACGCAGAGGGUACUUAUGUAUUCCAAUAAUUUUCUACACAAGAAACUUAAAACAGACCCUCACAAGGGGGUGAGAGCAGAACGACAGAAGGGAAAGGCAGCAUUGGGCCAACUAACACCACUGCAGUCUCUUUUAGAUCAGAGCUGUUGUAUUGAUAAUUGUGUCAUGAUGGUGAGAACUCAUUUACGUUUACUGGAGGCUUGGAGGGAAAGAGCGGCUUUAGGGCAGGCCGAUGCCAGACGUGUACUAGCAGAGAUGCUGACGCCAUCAGGUGGGUCUCGUCAUAACUGCUAUAAAUUCAUCAGCUGGGUGACUGGAUGCAGCCACAGUACCAUCGGUAGAGUCAAUGAUCAGAUGAAACGUACCGGUGGUGAGAGAGAACCUCCGCAGCAUGGUUUGAAAAAAUAUUGGCAAGAAAAUCCAAGACCCAGUAAAUCAACCAAGGGUACCUCUCCGAGUAAGACCAACCAAGCAAGAGCAUCAAGCUCAAGUUCAUCACUGUCACCACCAAGUAGUGUUGACUCAUUGCCUACCACUAUUACAUUAUCAUCUCCAGUCCAAUCACAGGCUCAGUUAACGGUACAACAGGAACAACUACAACAGCUUGAAAGACAGCUACAAGUACAACAGCAGCAAUUGCAACGACAGCAGCAGUACAUACAAAUACAAAUACAACAAAUAAUGCAGCAGCAGCAGCAGCAGCAACAACAGCAGCAGCAGCAACAAAUCCUAGUACAACAAGCACCAACAGCUAUAGCAGCUACAGGCGGAGAGCAGAACAUUAAUCUCCAGCAUUUUACACAAUCGAUUGCACAGUUGCUGCAACAGCCAGUCGCUCCAACAACGACUACAGCGCAGCCCACAAUGCAACAGCAGCCCAGGGUACAACAACCAAUUACAGCAGAGGAAGCAGCUAACCAGGUGCCGCCUCCAAGCUAUAGCCUUAGCAUUGCAUUGCAACAGGCCAAUCAACCCAGUCCACAAGCUCAAGUGCAGCCAAUACCACAGUCACAGCAAGUGCAGCAGCAGCAAGUGCCGACUUCACCACAGCAGCAAGAGCCAACUUCACCGCAGCAGCAAGUGCCGACUUCACCACAGCAGCAAGUGCAGACUUUACCACAGCAGCAAGUGCAGACAUCGCAGCAGUUGAUCAUUCAAGCAAUUCAAAAUCAUAUUUUUAGCCAGCUCCUGAACCAGACUGGGAACAAUGCAGUCUUGGGACAGGAAAUGAUACAAAUACAGCAACACGAGGGCAGUCCGACAAUAAACAUUGGUCAGUUGAACACACAAAGUCCUGUAGUUCACCAAGCUAAUGUGGAACAGAGUCUCAUCUCGCAAAAUAUCAUCCAUGUGGCACAGAGCGGCAUUGGAACACAAGAACUCACGCUCACACCAACUGAUCAACCGGCUGCAGAGCAAGACGGCGAAAACAACCAAUCAAAUCUAACAUCGGCCGAUUCUUUGCCAAACAUGAAUAGCUUACAUCCACAUGCUCUCAGUACGUCUUCACAGAACGUUGUCUCACAUUUACCCACCACACAGAUGCUGACACUGCCCCAGAAUGCAGCUGUUCAGGAACUGACAGCCACGGCAGCUGAUCAGCAGAUCACCCAGCAGUUGCUGCAACAGUCCCCAGAUGUGGUAACAUCCUUGGCAGGAGCUACAAUACUGUCUCCAGAUGCCCUGAGCGGUGCCACUUUAGAAAUUGCCAAUCAGAUGACUGUUAAUACAACCAACAUUCCAAUUUCUUUAGCGAUGCUGACACCAACAACAACACAGUGA